AUGAAAGUGGUGUUGUUUGUGUGUAUCUUGACGGUGGUGUCUGCCGGGGAGGCGGACACGGAGGUUAACAACAUUGAUUCCUUCAUUGAGCAGCGUGAUGAUGAAGACAACAAUUAUGUUGUUUGUACACUGGCUGACGCCGCCGAGACGUCUCAGAUCUCCUUGGAAGACAUCAGCAAGUCCAAGUAUCAAGAGGGACACAACAUCAGACGGCGCUCCACCGACUGCCAACCAGAAGCCCGCUACCGGACAAUGGACGGAAGAUGCAACAAUGCUCGAUGGCCAACCUGGGGAUCAACCAAUCAACCAUUCAGGAGAUUUAUUGAUCCUGCUUAUGAUGAUGGCAAGUUUGUUCCUCGACUGAGGGGCGUUGAUGGUCAUCCCCUCCCCAGUCCACGUGCUGUCAGUGUGGCCGUACAUCCGGGUACUGACCGUCCUUCUGACGACAACACAGUGAUGGUGAUGCAGUGGGGACAGUUCCUGGACCACGACCUCACCGGAACUCCCCUCCACGCAGAUACUCGAGAGCAACUGAACCUAUUGACGGCGUUCGUGGACGCCUCGAACGUCUACGGCCUUAGUGAGGAUCAGAUCAGUCAUCUCAGGAACGGACCCUACAUGAGAACCAAGGGAGAUAACCUGUUGCCAGAAUCAAACCAUGGCGGCUGUCAAACAGACAAUAGCAACGAAUGGUGUUUUGAAGCGGGUGACGACCGUGUGAACGUGUUCCCGGGUCUGUCUGUGCUACACACCGUGUUCGUUAGGGAACACAACCGUCUGGUCAAAGAACUUGCUGGUGUCAUGCCAUCGACCACCCCAGAUGGUGUCCUGUUUGAAGAGGCCAGAAAGAUCGUGUCAGCCAUCAUGCAACAAAUCACCUACCGCGAGUGGCUACCCAUUAUUGUAGGGCCCUUCGCCAUGAGGAAGUACAGACUGACCCCUGGCUAUAGCUUCAGGUACAACUUCACCAAGAAUCCCACCAUCUACAACGUCUUUGCCUCGGCCGCCUUCAGAUACGGCCACUCCACAAUUCCACGUUUCGUGACCCUGGGAGAUCGACGUGUACCCAUAGAACAACUAUUCAACAGACCUUCUGAGGUCAUCAGAGAUCUGGACACCGUUCUCAAGGCUCUCCUGAAUGACAGACGUCAAGAGGUUAACCGCUUCAUCAACAGUGGAUUAACUGAACACUUGUUUGAGACGUCUGGCGAUAUGGGCUUUGACAUCGUGUCCUUGAAUAUUCAGAGAGGUCGUGACCAUGGCCUGCCAUCAUACAACAGCUUCCGCAAGGCAUGUCGCCUACCGGAAGUCACGUCAUUUGCAGACAGUGUAUUUGGUAAAGCAGGAGCUGCUUUAAAAAGUGUAUACAGAUCCCUGGAUGACAUUGAUGUCUUCACCGGUGCAGUAGCUGAAGAACACGUGUCUGACGGAGCAGUGGGCCCUCUACUGGCUUGUCUCAUUGGUCAACAGUUUAAUGAUCUCAAAUAUGGCGACUCAUUCUGGUUCGAAACAUCACAUCCAAAAAAAGGCUUUACACCAGGUCAACUGUCUGAAAUCCGACGAAUGAGCUUUGCCAAAAUUCUUUGUCGGAAUUCAGGGCUCACGUCCAUCCAAAGGGAUCCUUUUACAGUGUACUCAGAAGAAAGACGUUCCCACUGUGUACUGGUAGAAGCAGAAACGAUGAAAGUGCUGUUGUUUGUGUGCAUCUUGACGGUGGUGUCUGCUGGGGAGGCGGACACGGAGGUUAACAACAUUGAUUCCGUCAUUGAGCAGCGUGAUGAUGAAGACAACAAUUAUGUUGUCUGUACACUGGCUGACGCUGCCGAGACGUCUCAGAUCUCACUGGAAGACAUCAGCAAGUCCAAGUACCAAGAGAAACACAACAUCAGACGGCGCUCCACCGACUGCCAACCAGGAGCCCGCUACCGGACAAUGGACGGAAGAUGCAACAAUGCUCGAUGGCCAACCUGGGGAUCAACCAAUCAACCAUUCAGGAGAUUUAUUGAUCCUGCUUAUGAUGAUGGCAUGUUUGUUCCUCGACUGAGCGGCGUUGAUGGUAAUCCUCUCCCCAGUCCACGUGCUGUCAGUGUGGCCGUACAUCCGGGUACUGACCGUCCUUCUGACGACAACACAGUGAUGGUGAUGCAGUGGGGACAGUUCCUGGACCACGACCUCACCGGAACUCCUCUCCAUGCAGAUACACGGGAACAGCUGAACCUACUGACGGCGUUCGUGGACGCCUCGAACGUGUACGGCCUUAGUGAGGAUCAGAUCAGUCAUCUCAGGAACGGACCCUACAUGAGAACCAAGGGAGAUAACCUGUUGCCAGAAUCAAACCAUGGCAACUGUCAAACAGACAAUAGCAACGAAUGGUGUUUUGAAGCGGGUGACGACCGUGUGAACGUGUUCCCGGGUCUGUCCAUGCUGCACACCGUGUUUGUUAGGGAACACAACCGUCUGGUCAAAGAACUUGCUGAUGUCAUGCCAUCAACCACCCCAGAUGUUCUGUUUGAAGAGGCCAGAAAGAUCGUGUCAGCCAUCAUGCAACAGAUUACCUACCGCGAGUGGCUGCCCAUUAUUGUAGGGCCCUUGGCCAUGAGGAAGUACAGACUGACCCCUGGCUACAGCUUCAGGUACAACUUCACCCAGAAUCCCACCAUCUACAACGUCUUUGCCUCGGCCGCCUUCAGAUACGGCCACUCCACCAUUCCACGUUUCUUGACCUUGGGUGAUCGACGUGUACCCAUAGAACAACUAUUCAACAGACCUUCUGAGGUCAUCAGAGAUUUGGACACCGUGCUCGAGGCUCUCCUGAAGGACAGACGUCAAGAGGUUAACCGUUUCAUCAACAGUGGAUUAACUGAACAUUUGUUUGAGACGUCUGACAAUAAGGGCUUUGACAUCGUGUCCUUGAACAUUCAGAGAGGUCGCGACCAUGGUCUGCCAUCAUACAACAGCUUUCGCAAGGCAUGUCGGCUACCGGAAGUGACCUCAUUUGAUGAUAGUGUAUUUGGUAAAGCGGGAGCUGCUUUAAGAAGUGUAUACAGAUGCCCGGAUGACAUUGAUGUCUUCACCGGUGCAGUAGCUGAAGAACACGUGUAUGACGGAGCAGUGGGACCUCUACUGGCUUGUCUCAUUGGUCAACAGUUUAAUGAUCUCAAAUAUGGCGACUCAUUCUGGUUCGAAACAUCACAUCCAAAAAAAGGCUUUACACCAGGUCAACUGUCUGAAAUCCGAAGAAUGAGCUUUGCCAAAAUUCUUUGUCGGAAUUCGGGACUCACGUCCAUCCAAAGGGAUCCUUUUACAGUGUUCUCAGAAGAAAGGUAA